GAAGUACAGUGCAUCGCUAUAAUUCAUUAAUACAUCAUAAAUCGUGAAGCACAGGGUUAUAACGACCACGAUCCACAAAUCAAGCCCUCCAAAAUCACCCAAAUGAGCUCGUACUUUGUAAACUCCUUCUCGGGGCGUUAUCCAAAUGGCCCGGACUAUCAGUUGCUAAAUUAUGGCAGUGGCAGCUCUCUGAGCGGCUCUUACAGGGAUCCCGCUGCCAUGCACACCGGCUCUUACGGCUACAAUUACAAUGGGAUGGACCUCAGCGUCAACCGCUCCUCGGCCUCCUCCAGCCACUUUGGGGCGGUGGGCGAGAGCUCUCGCGCCUUCCCCGCGCCCGCCCAGGAGCCCCGCUUCAGGCAGGCGGCGUCGAGCUGCUCCCUGUCCUCGCCCGAGUCCCUGCCCUGCACCAACGGCGACAGCCACAGCGCCAAGCCCUCUGCUUCGUCCCCCUCCGACCAGGCGACCCCGGCCAGCUCCAGCGCCAAUUUCACCGAAAUAGACGAGGCCAGCGCAUCCUCGGAGCCUGAGGAAGCGGCGAGCCAGCUAAGCAGCCCGAGCCUAGCUCGGGCACAGCCAGAGCCCAUGGCCACCUCCACAGCCGCGCCCGAGGGGCAGACUCCGCAGAUAUUCCCCUGGAUGAGGAAGCUUCACAUCAGCCAUGAUAUGACCGGGCCGGACGGGAAAAGGGCCCGGACCGCGUACACCCGCUACCAGACCCUAGAGCUGGAGAAGGAGUUCCACUUCAACCGCUACCUGACGCGGCGGCGGCGCAUCGAGAUCGCCCACGCGCUCUGCCUGUCCGAGCGCCAGAUCAAGAUCUGGUUCCAGAACCGGCGCAUGAAGUGGAAGAAAGACAACAAACUGAAAAGUAUGAGCCUGGCUACAGCCGGCAGCGCCUUCCAGCCCUGAGCCCGCCGGGAGGAGCCCUGGGUGGCCCAAGAGCCCUUGCCGCCCCCAGCCCUGGCCCCUCCAAGCCUCCCUGCGCUGCCACUGCCCGCUGGGGACCGGUUCCCACGAGCCUGCCUCGCCCCGGCCUUGUGUUACGAUUUUUCGUUCGGUCUUAGGUCUUCCUGUGGCUCCCUCUCUCCUGGACUGGUUAAUCUUGUUAUUAUUGUUAAUAAUAAUAAUUAUUAUUAUUUUCCCUCCAUGCUCCCCACGCCCCUCCACUCACCCCAAAUCCGCCAGUAUUUCUGAAUGUUCGUGUCUUGUGGUUGCACUCCUUCCCCCAGGAAAGAAAGAAACUCGCAUGUUUAAUGUGAACUUUCCCCUCCCCAUCUGUGUUCUUCUAACUUAUUUAUAAAAGGAUGAUCGCUGUAUUUUGAGUUUCAGCUUGAAACUUCUCUAAGGGGCAGCAGUUGAGGUGGGGUAGUGCCCUGGCCCAGCUGAGCUGGCCUCCGCGAUGGAGUCCAUGACUGUCUCUUUCCACCCUCCUCCUCCUCCCUCCCCACUCCCCAGGCCCAAGUCUCCCAGUGGCUUGGUCCUGGGGUGGGAAGGGGGCAGGGAGGGCCAAAGAGGGUGAUAUGGAGAAGAGGGAAGGUAAACCUUGAGAGUAAGGUUCCUGCCGCCUGGGUAGGCCCCACAAGGCCUGGCCUGGGAGUGUAGGGAAACAAAAAUAAUCCUCAGUGUAAAAUGUCUUGUGUAUUUCUCUGUGAGUCCAUGGGUCUGGAGUAGAGGGCCCAAACCUUGUAAAUAUGGGGAUAGUCUGGGUCAGACCCAUCCCCUCCCCACCCCCCACCCCCAGUUCGCUUCUAAGACCAUUUGUAGUGAGUGAGUGGAUGCUGUGCUACGUGUGAAAUCUGUCUUUGCCUUUGCCGGGCCUGUCUCAGUGAUUCGCUUUUGGUAUUUGUUUGUAGCUUUCCUUGAAGUCAAAUAAAUGUUUCCCCUACUCCACUGCCCUCCCACUUGUCUUUUCUCUGGGGGCCUGCCUCUCCCAUCACCGGGCACACCCUAGACCAUUCUUGACAGAUCUGGGGUGUAGGGAAGGGAAAGCAGGGUGCUUGCCAGCAGCCUCUCUUAGCCACCUACAUCCCUGGCUUGGUCAGCGGUACUUGGGCCAAGGGAUAGGCUUUCCCCCGUCUGGGGGACUGGGAGGCCCAGAAAUCCCACACGGGGCUGGGGUAAGGGAAAGGCCGAGCUGGACUCUACCCUGGCCUUCCACCAGCCAGCCAGAAAAGCCUCUAGAAACCUCUUCAGGGAAAGCAGUUUAGGCCUAAGUCCUGUUAGGAGGCUCCUGGCCUUUUGGGAGUGGUACAGGCCUGCUCAGAUCCCCUGGCCCCUGGCCCAAAUCCCAAUUCAGCUCUGCCACCCACUAAGACCAAAAAAAAAAAAAAAAAAAAAAAAAAAUCAGCUCAAUUUCAAAGGUUUUCUCUCAACCUCAGUCUUCUCUAUACUUAUCAAGGGCUCCCUCUCUCCAGGGGCCCAGCUGACCUUCCUUCUUGAUUAGGAGUUGGGGUCCCUCCUGAAAGACCCCUGUUCCCCUGCCAGCCCGAGUGGCCCAGGGUUAGGGCCCAGUCUUCCUCCAUCCAAGUCCGCCUCCACCCUGAGUACAAGAGUCAAGUCUGGACACUUACCCGGUCAAUCCCUUCCAGCUUGGCCCAACUUCUUACAGGACUUGGGGGGGAGGGGGAACUGGUGAGGAGGCAGCCAAGGGUCGUAGAGGCUCUACUGGGCCCUCCUUCCCCCUCACCCCUUGACUUUGUCCCCCUUUGUCCAUAGCAAACUAUCCCAAAAGUCGCUAUGACAUUUAGAUGUCAAAUGGAUAGGGGUUUUAUCUCGAAGUUAGAUCGUAAAAAUC